UCGCAGAGUUGUCAUGGCGUCUUUGGGACCGAGGCUGCUGCUGCAAUUUAGCUAAAAAUCCGUCGACAGUCUGUAAAUCGAAAUGGAGAAAAAUGCAACCCUGCAUCGAGACACUGACGGGAGCUCUUUGUGUGCCACGAUCGCGGGAGAGAUGGGCGACGUUACGGCUGUCGGCGGAGUGAAAGGAACAGCCGAGAAAUGCAAGAAUAGUGAGGCUCCUCUCAGUACUUUGGUUAACGUUAGUUGUAAUAACAGCAGCGCAAAUGUUGCUGCUCCCAGCGCCGUGAAUGUCACUUCCACUGCUGGGAAGUCCGACGUACCAGGAGCGGUCGAAGUCCUCUCCGUGCAGGAUGGUAGCAAGAAGGACACCGCGGCGAGCGGGUCGUGGUCGGGGUCCGGGGACCAGAUCAGUAACGGGAUGGGGCAUGACUCGGUGCUGGCUGCAGAAGAUAGCGAGGGUGGUGCCUCAAAGUUAGUAAACAACAAAACCGACGGGCCGGCCUCACCUCCCGCUAAGGGGAGCACAGAUGUGCGGGAUGAGGGUUUGGCUCGUGGAGAAAGUGAAUCCACAAAACUUGCCAAACCGACUCAUCUGUGUCCGGACCAUGCAAUCACAGCCGGCGUCAAGUCGGGGCUGUCCGGUGAUCACACCUUAUCGGAGGCAUUGCCGAGUGGGAGUGACCCCGAUCCCAGCCUCGGAGGAGAGUCCCGGAGCAUAGAUUCACUCGAGUCCUUCUCCAACCUCAACUCCUGCCCCAGCUCCGACCUGAACAGCGAGGGGCUGGAGGACAGGGGACUGGCCCUGGCCCUGCAGAACGAGUACGGGGCUGAUGGGACAAAGAGCGCUAAGGACCGGGCCGCCGGCCAGUCUAUAUACCACAUUAAGUGGAUCAAAUGGAGGGAGGAGAAUACGCCGAUCAUCACCCAGAACGAGAACGGCCCUUGUCCAUUACUGGCAAUUAUGAAUGUCCUUCUGCUUGCAUGGAAGGUUAAGAUGCCACCUAUGAUGGAAAUCAUAACUGCUGAGCAACUGAUGGAGUAUCUUGGAGACUACAUUCUGGAAACCAAGCCUAAAGAGAUAUCAGAGGCUCAGCGGCUAAACUAUGAGCAGAACAUGAGUGAUGCUAUGGCAGUGUUGCACAAGCUGCAGACAGGCCUAGACGUGAAUGUGAAGUUCACAGGGGUGCGAGUCUUCGAGUACACCCCAGAAUGCAUUGUGUUUGAUCUGCUGGACAUCCCUCUCUACCACGGCUGGCUGGUUGACCCUCAGAUGCAUGACAUUGUCAAGGCAGUGGGUAACUGCAGCUACAACCAGCUGGUAGAGAAGAUAAUAUCCUGCAAACAGUCAGACAACAGCGAGCUGGCAGGGGAAGGCAUCGUGGCAGAGCAGUUCCUGAACAGCACAGCCACUCAGCUGACGUACCACGGCUUAUGUGAGCUCACAUCCACUGUACAGGAGGGAGAGCUCUGUGUAUUUUUCAGGAAUAACCACUUCAGCACCAUGAUCAAAUACAAGGGCCAGCUGUACCUCCUGGUUACAGACCAGGGUUUCCUGACAGAGGAGAAGGUCGUCUGGGAGAGUCUGCACAACGUCGACGGAGACGGCAACUUCUGCGAUUCCGAGUUCCGGUUGCGGCCUCCUUCUGAUCCAGAGACUGUGUACAGAGGCCAGCAGGAUCAGAUAGACCAGGACUAUCUGAUGGCACUGUCACUGCAGCAAGAGCAGCAAAGCCAGGACCUACAGUGGGAGCAACUCCCAGAGGGCAUCAGUGACCUAGAGCUGGCAAAAAAGCUUCAGGAGGAGGAGGACCGACGAGCCUCCCAGUACUACCAGGAGCAGGAGCAGGAGCAGGCAGCUGCGGCAGCUGCAGCAGCAGCACAGCAAGGCCAGCAUGAGCCCGCAGAGGGGGACGAGGCGGACAGAGGAGGUGCGGGAGCAGGCGGAGCAGCAGCCGGCGCUGGGACGGCGGCAGCAGCCGGAACCACACCAAGCCCGGGAAAACAGUCCUCUAGCGGGGAGCGCAAAGCCAAGAAAGAAUCGAAGGAUAAAGACAAAUGUGUUAUUUUGUAACAUACAGCGUGUCUGUGUGAGUUUGUGUGUGUGAGUGUUUUGUGCAUUUGCUUAUCUGUGAGAAAGGGGACAGCAUUUGUUUCUCCAUGGACUGGACAGACAUCGCGCAGCCCCCACUUGACGACAAACAAGGGAAGGAGACAUUUAAGGCGAGGCGCGACGAGACUAACGGAGGAUUUGCUGUUCCCAAACCACUGGUGCCUGCUAUCCUCUUUCCUCAGUGGAACCUGGACAUCAGAGGAAGGGACACUACAACGACAACUACCCCGUAUCUUUCAUAGAGUCGGCCAAACUUUGUUACAAGUUGCACAGUGCACUAUAUUUGUGAUGUGGGGUCUAGUUUAUUCGGGGUGGUAUGUUUUAUAGCAAAAGACAUAAUCUGAAGAAACAAAACGUCACCCUCUCGCCAUGUUCUUUUCCAAAAAAGAAACCAUUCAUUUCAUUGUCUUUUUUCGUUAUUGCAGAUUAUAAGCUUUUUUUUGUACGUAUCAAUAUUUACAAAACGUAUAUAUAGACAGACCCACUUUUUUUGGUUUUCGUUGAGUUUGUUAAGUUAGAUGCCAAGAUUCACAUUUUAUUUAUGUAUAUGUGUACAAGGUAGCUUUUGGGAGAGGUUUUAUUUUUGUCUGUAAGCUGAGAGGGAUUUUCUCAUAAUAUUGCCUGUUGGAAAUCAGUGUAACACUAUUUGUGUCCCCUCUGAAACACUAUGUACUUAAGGGUUAAAUAAUGCCAGAUAGCUGCCAGAUACUGUAGCUACCUAACAAUACUCAUCACAGCUUGCCCUGUUCAGAUUUUUGCCUUACCAGAGUAUGGCAGUGUUGUAUUCUGCUCUGUCUGAAUGUGAACGUGUGUCUGUUUUCAUGUGUAUGGUAUGUACAGUACAUGUGUGCUACGUGGUAUAAUGGCGUAUGGUAUACAUGUCUCAUUAACUGAGCAUCGCUUUAUGUAACAAGUUUCAAUUUGGAAAUAGCCAAAACUUUUACGCUGUAUUAGUUAAGCUACAAAUUUUGGACAUUUAAUGUCUUUUAUGUUGUGAUUCUGUUUCACAAAAACUACGUUUGGACAGUCAAACUGAGAAUAACGUUGCAGAUUUUAACUGAGGAAUUUGUCUGAAUCGGAUGUUUGUGCGUGAGACACAACUAGCUUUUGUCAGACGAGAUUCGUGUUAGAUGGCACCCGGUUUUGAGUCUAUGGACCUUUUUCUUUCUCAUUGUCUCUUCUGGCAACGUCUUAAAGAGAUGCAGUGUGCGUGUGACCUCCUCUGUUAGUUUCUGGAUGUAGAAGUUCCACUGCAGCCAGGUUUUGAAAAGGAAUACCACAGAAUUCAGUAAUUUGCAUUUGAUAUUUCUUUAAACUAGGAAAGUUCAAUUAUUAUUUGUGAACAUGUACUACUUCUUUUCCACAAACAUGAAUCCAAACCCUGAAAUCUGUGAUGUUUCCACUCCCACACAAUGUUGGGAACCGGACUUGUGUCACGCUGUAGAAAGUUACAUUAGCCUCUCUGUCAGAUCAGAGAGGCAUUAAUUCCUCUGUUACCUGUGGAAAAUAAAGCCUAGUCCACAAAUUGAGCGGUCCUGAGUUGCGUAGGACAUGCACUCUGAAUACUGCAAUUCUUUGGUAUCACUUUUUAACUCGUGUGCAUUUCACUGCAGCAUUGAGCGUGCAAACACAUGAUGUACAUAUUUAUCUAAUGCAUUCUUAUAAUGGAAUUUAGCUAGUGGUCUGUGCCAUUAUUGUACCAUGGGACUGCCUCCUGAGAAACUUUUUCUAUCUAUACAUUCCAAUUGGAUGCCUUGACUCAAGCCUUCUGUUACAGACUGAGGGAGAUAGUUGUCAUGGGAGGUCUUUUGCAGUGCUUGUAAAGUGGUCAUUAGGACAGGACGAUUACAUCAAGGCAGAGGGCUAUCUACUGUGUGGGAACCCCUCUCUCAUGGGCUUCAUGUGAUGGCUGGAGUCUUAAGCUCCAUGUUUGUUUGGCCCUAACAAGGCUAUGUUUUGUAUAUAUAUAUAUAUAACGCCUUACAACAUUUCAACAUAAUUUAUAGGACAAAAGGAAACAGGCGUAUUACCCUGAAUGAGACAAUCCAUGCAUUUUUUUUCCACAUGAACAUCAGAAAUACUCUCAGGCCUUUUCUGAAGGGACAUAUCCUCGAGUGUCUGCUACGUAUCGGCACAGUUCCUCGGCCUGUAGUCACUUUUUCAGUCACAACUUUAAGUAUCUCGUGUAUGUGUACACACAACAACUAUGUUGACACUUUGAAGAACUUAACACUAUAUUAUUUAAGACACUCAUUGUUGAACGUCUCACUCAAACGACGACUUAAGCUGCUCUUCUCGCGUUAACUUGGACUACCUGAUGAAAAAUAAAAACCUCCUUGCACAUGGUUAAGGAAUAUUGUUAAUUAUGUACACAUUUCAUUGACUCCUUAGCAGUUUUUUUCCCCAUGCAGCUUGAAUAAAUAAACAUAAACAUAAGGUGAAAGCAAGAAGGGAGAGGUGGGAGGCAUUCUGGCAACAUUUUUGUUUUUGUGUUUUUUUGUCUGUCUUUCUGUGAGUUUCACUCAUUCAUUGGCCCGUCAAGUGAACAUGCUGAUUAAACAUUCCAGUGGAAGUUUAAAAAAAAUGGAACUUCACUUAGGGCAGUUUUGAGUUGAUAUGGAACAUUUUAUGUUGGUUGUUGUUUGUAUGAGUGAAAAGAGGGCAGAGUGACACAUGGCACACAUUUUUUUAUCAUUAUUUCAGAUCUACUACUGUGCAUUAGCUUGCUAUCCCUAGUCAUUAUUACCAGAAUUUGAUAUUUUUUGUUGUAAUGUGUUUGUUUCCCCCUAGUUUCUAAAAUGAAUCAAUCAGAAGGAUAUUGUGUGUUCAGUGUCUCAAAGUGGUUUCUUGUAUGCCAUGUAAAAGUGAUGGUGGGGUAAAUGCUGUAAAAUUUGUGUUUUGACAAGGUGGUUGUUGAACAAAUUGUUGUCGUAAUUUGGUUUUGCACUGUUACAUUGAUAUGCACUAACAGAAGAGAAACAUACCUCAUUUUAUACAGAACAUAAAUUGUGCAAGAGUGCUAUUGUUCUCUGGGUACCUUUUAAAAAAAACAACUGAAUAAUGGCCAAAAGAAUUAUCUGAAGGUGGUAGCGGAAGCUUAAGCCAGCUGAAUAAUAUUAAUUUGUAAAAGUAUGAAAGGGCUGUUUAAACAUUUUGGCUUAAAAGGAACGAGUACAUUUGUUAAAAAAUAGUACCACGUUAAUAGAACUUGCUGCAAUUUGAUAUAUUCAGAUUAGCGGUACACCUAUACCAGUACAAAGGCCUGAGUACCAGGACACGGCUCACAGACGAUGAGAAAGGAAUGAAUUACAGCAACAGAUGGAUGGCUGUUGAAUUGUUGAAUUGACGCGUUCGUCUACGAAGUACUGAAGAAAACACUGGUACUCGAACCAAUCAGCAAAAAAAUGGUGUAGGUGCACCCCUAAUUCAGGUAGUUACUUUUCCAGUCCAUCAUUUAACUACACAACUUUUCAAAUAUGCUCAGACUUUUACAACAAAACAGGGAAAAAAGGCUGCUUUAUAAGGCUUGAGUGUUGUCAUCUAUGUAGCAGAGGGAAAUGUUCAUUCUUAUUGUAUGAGACACACAUCCAGACUGCUGAACAAUCUAAAGGGAGACAUAUUCUUUAACACAAUAUCAAACUCCCAGAUUUUACUUUGUGGUGCAUGUAUAUUGUGGACUGAAGAGUUAUGCAGAGUAAAAAUUUUAGUAACUACCCCAAGAAUAUCAUUUCCACUGUACGGCCCAUUGUGUUUAUAGUUCACAUAAAACAUACAAGCGAAAGGAAGGCGUUUGUGAAUAAGGAAGGUUACUCAUUUGUGUUGAUUUCAAUGUUCAUCUAUUUACAUAAAUGACCAAAUAAUGUAUGUAGCCUUUCACAUUACAGUCACAUAAUGUAUCUGGUGAUAUAUAUAUAACAAAAUGCCUUAUAGACGAGGGACAUUCAACCUGAUUAGAAGUACCAGGAUAAUAAAAGAC